AUGGACACCAUGCUUAUAAAUGUCUCUGGAACUGACGCAUAUCUGGAUGACGUUUUGUUUUUCGGUCGUACGGACGAGGAACUGCUCGAGAGACUUGACAAGGUCAUAGAAAAUCUUAUUGACUAUGGCUUAGAAAUCAGCAUAGAAAAAGGCGAGUUCCUGCGGAAAGAAGUCCAUUACUUGAGUCUUGUGUUAAGUGAGGCAGGACGUUCACCCGACCUAGAGAGGGUUGCCGCAUUUAAGAAUGUGAAACUGUCCCGCAAUGUUCAAGAGCUACGAGCAUUUAUGGGUCUGCCUCGUUUCUCCCCCUCCAUGACGGAUUCUAGUGUUGUCACCACCAUGCUCCACCCGGCCGUGGAGCCAGAACUGCGAUUUUGGAGGCGUACAGGUCGAAGCAAGGGUAAUCACUAUGUGAAUCAAAGCCUUCGUUCGGAACUCUCAGUUUAA